UUCAAAUAAUUCAAACUAUUUUGUCUGACAAACACUCCCAAUUCCCUUCCUCAAUCUCUGCCGAUCAACCCCAAAUAAUGCCUAAAACCUUCAAUAUACUCCCUUAACUUCAACCACCCAUCUGUCUUCUUCUUUCAUUCAAUCUCUUUUCACCUCUUCAAGUCGCCAUUAAUAUACUCUGAUUCUCGGAACAAAGCUCUGCAUCAGGUCUCUGGUGUUUGUUUUUUUAAUUUCUAUAAUCUCAUUUAGAUUCCCUAGUUCUGUAUAUGAUCUUAGGCUUGUGUAUGAGUAUGAUUCUCCUACAUUGAAGCUCAAUCGUCUUUCCACUAGACUUCUAUUGUUGCAGUUGAUCCCUUUUUUGCGGGUCUAACUUCAAAAUGCAGUCUUAAAAAUAUUUUUUGUGUUAAAUCCUGUACGAGAAUUCGGAGAUAUAAUGGGAUCUGGAAACGGAUUUUACUCGACUAAUGAGGAGUUUAAUUUGGAAGCAAAGUGGUUAAUUGAUCCGAAACUUCUUUUUGUCGGUCCAAAGAUCGGUGAAGGUGCACAUGCCAAAGUCUAUGAGGGCAAGUAUAAAAACAUGAAUGUUGCAAUAAAAAUUGUAAACAAAGGCGAUACACCUGACAGCAUUGCAAAAAUCCAAGGCCGAUUUGUGAGAGAAGUUGCAAUGUUAUCUAAAGUGCAACACAAGAACUUAGUAAAGUUUAUCGGAGCAUGUAAAGAACCAGUGAUGGUGGUAGUAACUGAGCUUCUUACUGGUGGAACAUUAAGGAAAUACAUGGUGAAUAUGCGACCAAAGGGAUUGGAUAGAAAAGUUGCUAUAGGUUUUGCACUUGAUAUAGCUCGUGCAAUGGAGUGCUUACACUCACAUGGGAUCAUUCAUCGCGACUUAAAACCAGAAAAUUUGCUGUUAACAGCAGACCACAAAAUGGUAAAACUUGCUGACUUUGGUUUGGCCAGAGAAGAAACAUUAACGGAAAUGAUGACUGCAGAAACCGGAACAUACCGGUGGAUGGCUCCAGAGCUUUACAGCACUGUAACACUGAGGCAGGGUGAGAAGAAACAUUAUAACCACAAAGUUGAUGCUUACAGCUUUGCAAUUGUGUUAUGGGAGCUUAUACAUAAUAAGUUACCAUUUGAGGGGAUGUCAAAUCUCCAGGCAGCCUAUGCUGCUGCUUUCAAGAAUGUGAGGCCAAGUGCUGAGGAUCUCCCAGAGGAUUUGGCUGUAAUUGUGACGUCUUGUUGGAAGGAAGAUCCAAAUGCGCGUCCAAAUUUCAGUCAAAUAAUUCAGAUGCUAAAUCAUUAUUUGUCUGCCAAUUUGCCACCUGAACCGGGGCCCACGGGUAUUCCACCUCGGAUUUUUGCUUCUCAAAAUGCUGUUUUUUCACCCGAUUCCCCUGGCACAAGUACAUUAAUUCAAAAAACAAAAGAAUCUAGUGAAGGAACACAAAAAACAACAAUGGAAAAUAGCCCCCGAGGUGUUUUUUCGUGUUUUUAUAGGUGUUGGUAAUGGUGGAAUGAUGAAAGCUUACUUAAAAGGAGCAAGGAAGAUGGAGGAAAAGAGUAAAAAAGUACAUGAGUUUAAGUAGUUGGAGGAUUAUAGAUUCUCUUAUGAUUUUGAACCAUUGAAGGUGGUUAUUAUUGUAAACUAACCAGUAUUUAUGUAAAAAUGUGAAAAGAACAUUAUGCUUUGCAAGAAUGAGCGGUUUUGUGCUAAAAAUAUGAGACCAUUGUGAGUGGUUUUGGUGCAUAAUUGCUCAUUUUUUUGGGUGUGGUGUUCUUUUUGUAAUUUUAUAAUAGUCAUGGUUUGUUUAUGGUAGAAAACAAA